GAAGAGGGUGAAUGGGUGGGGGGCGUUUAAGAGAGCAGUAAGUGGGAGUGGAGUCUGACCGCAGAAGGUCCACUGUUUAAGCGAAAGGGAAUUCUCUCUUUCAUUUGCUCUCUCUUUCUCAUUCAGGCACACACUCUCUAGCUCUCUCACCCACUCUCUCUCUCUCUCUCUCUUUUCACUGGCUGCACAACAUCAGCAGGCUCUCUUGGUGGACUCCAGUAAACACUCAAAGAGAGGAGAGAGAAGCAAGAUGAUGGCAAAGCUGUCAGUGCUCUGAGAGGUGCAGACUGCUGAUAACAGGCUUGGCUGAGGAGCUGUUCACUACUCCUUGGGCAAACCUUGAGAAAUCAGUGAAGUGGGCAUUGUGCAGAAGGUUGCAAAGGAAGAAUUGGAACAGUAUAGACUUCACUCUUGGUGCUAGCAAAAGGUCAUCAUGGGGAUGAAAGGCCUCAUCUUUGGCUGCGUGAUUGUGGCCAUGGUCCUCCAGCUUUCCACCGCUGGCCUGGUUAAGAAGGUCAUACGGCAUCGCAGAGAGGCUUUAAUGCCUAAGAAGAACCAAGAGAACCACACCCUGCCAAACCCUGAACACCCAGUCGUCUUCAACCACAUCUACAACAUCAAUGUUCCUUCAACAUCCCUCUGUUCCGUGGACCUUGAGUCACCCGGCGGCACCGUGCCCAAUCACAAGAAUAGCCCACUGGACAUGCAGAACACAGAGCACAUGGAGCACACGGUGGAUGGUGACAAUCAGAUCGUCUUUACCCACCGCAUCAAUAUCCCCAAGCAGGCGUGUGGCUGCAACAAUCAGCUACCUGAUAUAAAAGAAAUCCUGAACAGACUGGAGAUGUUGGAGUCGGAACUUUCCAGUCUGAGAGAGCAGUGUGGCAGUGGUGCAGGGUGCUGUGGAUCUCAAGUGACUGGUGAAGUCUCCACAAAGCCUUACUGUAAUGGCCAUGGAAACUGGAGUGCUGACACCUGCAGCUGUGUAUGUGAGCCAGGAUGGAAAGGCCCCAACUGCACAGAACCUGAAUGCCCUAAUGACUGCCAGGACCAGGGCCGCUGUGUGGACGGGAAAUGUGAAUGCUUUGAAGGCUUCAGCGGUGAUGACUGCAGUACUGAGCUAUGCCUGCUGGAUUGCGGUGAUUAUGGGCAUUGUGUUGAAGGGGCUUGCCUGUGCGAGGAGGGCUUCAUCGGGGAGGACUGCUCCCAGACAAACUGCCUCAACAAUUGUCUGGGUCGUGGGCGUUGUGUUGAUGACGAGUGUGUCUGCGACGAGCCGUGGACAGGCUUUGACUGCUCCGAGCUCAUCUGUCCAAACGACUGCUACGACCGUGGACGCUGCAUCAAUGGCACUUGCUUCUGCGAUGACGGCUUUGCCGGAGAAGACUGCGGCGAACUCACUUGUCCUGGCCACUGUAACAACCGCGGCAUGUGUGUGAGCGGACUGUGUGUGUGUCAAAGCGGCUACAGCGGAGAAGAUUGUUCCAAGCUUACAUGUCCCCAGAACUGCAAUGAGCGAGGCCAUUGCUUCAAUGGCAAAUGCAUCUGUGACCCGGGAUUUGAAGGGGAUGAUUGCUCCGUUCUGUCAUGCCCUGAAAACUGCAGCAACAAAGGGCAGUGCAUAAACGGGGAAUGUUUGUGUGAUGAAGGAUACCAAGGCGAAGACUGUAGUGAGCUGUCCUGCCCUAACAACUGCCAAGAUCAUGGGCGCUGCGUUACCGGCCAGUGCAUAUGCAAUAAAGGGUUCACCGGCGAGGACUGCAGCAUCAAGACCUGUCCUAAAGACUGCAUGGGACGUGGGGAGUGUGUGGAUGGCAAGUGUGUGUGCUUUGCUGGUUUCACUGGGAAAGGAUGUGGUGAACUGACCUGCCCUGAUGACUGUCUGGGCCGUGGCCACUGUGUGAACGGUCAGUGUGUUUGUCACAAAGGUUUCACUGGCGAGGACUGCAGUGAGAAGACAUGUCCUAAAAACUGUCUGGACCGAGGAUAUUGCAAUGACGGCAUCUGCGUAUGCUACGAAGGCUUCGCUGGGCUGGACUGCUCCUUCCUAACUUGCCCUGGGGACUGCCAGAACCAGGGUCGCUGUGAAAAUGGAGUGUGCCUCUGCGAUGAGGGUUUCAUUGGUGAAGACUGCUCUGCAGUUUCACCUCCAAAGGACCUAACUGUGGAAGAGGUCACACCUGAGACGGUGGAUCUGUCUUGGGAGAAUGAGAUGCGCGUGACAGAGUACUACAUCAUCUACGUUCCCACAUCGCCCGGAGGUCUGGAGCUGGAUGUGCGGGUGCCCGGUGACCAGAAGAAGGCUACGAUUAGAGAGCUCGAACCAGGCAUUGAGUACCUGAUCAGCGUCUAUGCUAUUCUCAACAACCAGAGGAGCAUUCCUGUUAGCGCAAGGGUGGCAACACACCUUCCCGAGCCAGAGGGCCUGAAGUUCAAAGCAGUGCGUGAGACGUCUGUGGAGGUACAGUGGGACCCCCUGGACAUCCCCUUUGAUGGAUGGAAUCUCAUCUUCAGAAACACUAAAGAGGAGGAUGGGGAGAUUCUGAGCUCCCUGGGCCGACCAGACACGACCUUUGAGCAGUCUGGCUUGGGCCCUGGCCAGGAGUACGAAGUCAAACUGGAGGUAGUGAAGAACAAGAAGCGUGGACCACCUACCUCAAAGAAUGUUGUUACAAGAAUUGACGCCCCGAGCCAGGUGAACAUACGGGAUGUGACGGACACAACAGCGCUGGUGACGUGGGUCCAACCUGUGGCCCACGUGGAUGGGAUCAGCAUCUCCUUUGGGCCUGGCGCCAGCCCUGCUGAUCACAGUGUGGUUGAGCUUUCCUCCACAGACACCCAAUACCACUUUGGGCGCCUCAUCCCAGACACCCAGUAUGAGGUGUCUUUGACAGCCCGGAGUGGAGAACGGUCCAGUGUCCCUGUUUAUGACUCAUUCCUCACAGACUUGGAUGCCCCCAGGGAGCUUCAGAAGCUGGAGCUGACUGAUGAAAGCAUCACUCUUGAGUGGAAAAACAGCCACGCUCAGGUGGACAACUACCGCAUUAAGUACGGGCCUCUGUCUGGAGGCGAGCACAGAGAGCUACUCUUUCCUGCCGGACUCCAAGACACAACACAGGCUAAGAUAAUUGGUCUGAGACCCGGCACAGAGUAUGGAAUGGGAGUGACAGCAGUGAAAGGGGAACGAGAGAGUCUGCCCACGACCACCAAUGCUGUGACCGCUCUGGAUGCACCAAAGGACCUAACUGUUGCAGAGGUGACAGAAACAACAAUGAUGUUGGAAUGGAGGCGCCCCCUGGCCAAGAUGGACUCCUACCGACUUGUUUAUGUUUCCGCUGAUGGUCAAAGAGCAGAGGAAGUGGUCCCAGGAGGCUCUGAGUCCCACACCUUGAGAGGCCUGACACCAGGCAUGCUCUAUACCAUCAGCAUCACUGCAGAGAGGGGCCGCAAGACCAGUGCACCAUCUACCAUCUCUGCACCUACAGCGGACGAGAAGCCCAUGGUGACACAUGUCAGUGUCAGCGAUGUGUCAUGGGACAGCUUCCUCCUGUCCUGGUCCGCAGACGAAGGGGCCUUUGAAGCAUUUCUGAUCGAGAUCACUGAUGCAGAGACGGGCGCUGAGUGGCAAAAUCACACUGUGCCCGCCGAUGCUCGCAGCAUUGUCAUCUCUGGCCUCACUCCCAUCACCUGGUACAGGGCCAAUCUGUACGGGGUGUACAGGGGCCUGCUGUUAGAUCCUGUCUUUGCAGACACCAUCACAGAGACUGAACCACAGGUCCAGGCUCUCCUACUGUCUGACAUCACUCCUGAGAGCUUUAGAUUGGUGUGGACAGCAGAUGACGAUACCUUCGACACCUUUGUCAUAAUGGUGAGCCAGGCUGAGAGCCCUGACCAACCCCAAGAGCUGGUGUUGGGUGGCGAAGAGAGAAGCACAGAAGUGACGGACCUCAACGAGGACACAGAGUACAAAAUUGAAAUCUUUGGACUAAUUUUGGGAAGGCGCUCCAAGUCUGUAAUCGAGGGGGUGAGAACAGAUCUGGGACCACCCAAAGGUAUACGCUUCUCUGAUGUCACUGACUCAUCUGCUACUGUCCACUGGGCAGUUCCAAGAGCCCGCGUAGACAGCUACAGGGUUACAUAUGUGCCUGCUCAUGGAGGGAAUGCUAAGACUCUGACAGUGGACGGAUCAAACCCGCAGACUGUUCUACCCAACCUGAUACCUGGUGUCACCUACCAGGUUACUGUUGUUGCAGUCAAGGCUCAAAGGGAGAGUCAGCCUGGAUCAGACAGUGUCACGACUGCUUUAGAUAAACCCCGUGGUCUGACUGCAGUCAAUAUCACAGACACGGAAGCUCUACUUCUCUGGCAGCCUGCCAUUGCUACAGUUGAUGGCUAUGUUAUUACCUAUAGUGCAGACUCAGUGGCUCCAGUGAUGGAGCGUGUGUCAGGAAAUGUGGUGGAGUUUGCAAUGACUACCCUGGUGCCAGCAACGCGAUAUACUGUAAAGGUCUAUGCCAUAAGGGAUUUGGCCAAGAGCGCAGUCACUACAACAGAAUUUACCACCGAUGUGGAUGCCCCUCAGGACCUGGCAGCAACCAAUAUCCAGACAGAGUCAGGCAUGUUGACUUGGAGGCCGCCACGUGCUGACAUUACUGGGUACAUCCUCAGUUUUGAGUCUUCUGAUGGUGUCUUCCGGGAGGUGGUUCUCAGUCCGACUGCAGUUUCCUACAACAUGGUUCAACUCAGUGCCUCAACAGAAUACUCAGUCAGGCUGCAGGCCAUAGCAGGGCCCAAGAGAAGCAGAGUCAUCAGCACUGUCUUCACAACCACUGGCGUGCUCUACAAAUAUCCAAGGGACUGUUCCCAGGCCUUGCUAAAUGGUGACACCCAGUCUGGCCUGUACACCAUCUAUCUGGUUGGGGAUGAGAGCCAGGCCCUUCAGGUCUACUGUGACAUGACCACUGACGGAGGUGGAUGGAUUAUUUUCCUCAAACGCCAAAGUGGCAGACUGGAGUUUUUCCGCAAUUGGAAGAAUUACACAGCUGGCUUUGGAGACAUAAAUGACGAAUUCUGGCUGGGUCUGGCCAACCUUCAUAAGAUUACAGCUGGCGGUCAGUAUGAGCUGCGGGUGGACCUUAGGGACAAAGGAGAAACAGCCUACGCUCAUUAUGACAAGUUCUCUGUCUCUGAACCUCGGACUCGUUUCAAAGUUCAUGUUGGAGGAUACAGUGGAACGGCAGGUGAUUCAAUGACCUACCACCACGGUCGUCCUUUCUCCACUUAUGACCAUGACAAUGACAUUGCGGUUACCAACUGUGCUCUUUCAUACAAGGGCGCUUUCUGGUAUAAAAACUGCCACCGUGUCAAUCUCAUGGGAAGAUAUGGUGAUAACAGUCACAGCAAGGGCGUCAACUGGUUCCACUGGAAGGGCCACGAGCACUCCAUUGAGUUUGCAGAGAUGAAAAUUAGGCCAUCCAACUUCAGAAAUCUGGAGGGACGGAGGAAACGCUCAUAAGCGCAUCACCUACUACAUCAGCAACAACAACAUUGCUACAAUUCUUUUUGGACUCCCUACAAAACAUGUCAAUCCAGACCUAAUCUUCUACCGCCCCGCUAUGCAACAACCAAAGCCACUGCCGAGGCCCUUGUUGCUUCCAUGCACAUCAACAAACCUUACUGUUCUCUCACAGGCUCCCUAUACCCCAUGCUGCCUGUGCCAAAAUGCAUAUGCAUGUUGCAAACUGGACUUAAGUGAAACCUGAAUGGAUUCUGAGUCACACACCAAAGAGAACAGAACAUUGUACAAGACCUGAUUAUCCAAAUCUCUCGUGUUUGCAGCAUUUGUCGCGAGGCAUGUGUGCAGCUUGGGCAUUCUGUUAUGUACAGUCAUGAAUUUACCCAUCUCGUAAGCCAAUUUCUUAGUAGUUGUUAAGGCAGGCAAAGCACAGUGAUGUUUAUAAAAUUGGAAUAGAGAUAGCACAAGUCAACUCGAAGACACUAACCCCCUUCCCCGCACCUUCAUCAUCCCCUCUUCCGCACCCUCCACGUAAAUUGUCAUUUGUUGGUCUUUGUGUGACUGAACUCGUUGUCUCUGUGCCACUUUAUCCUCCCCUGGUUUCCUCACACCCUUGUACACAAGCUAAUCGAUGAUAGGAUAGGUUUCGAUGCGAGAAGAGAAAAAACUAUGGGAUGCAAUGUUUUCCAUUCAUUUUUGCCCCACCCCCCGAGUCAUUAGCCACUGUAAUCUGCAUUAAAGGAGACAUAUUAUGCAAUUUUCACAAUUCAAAACAGUUCCAGGCAAUUUCAUAAGAGAUUCCGAGUACUCUUUGUCAAACACAUGAACGUAAUAUUUACAAAGCUCUACUUCAAGUUAAGUCAAGUCAAGUUUAUUUAUAUAGCCCUAAAUCACAGACAAGUCUCAAAGGGCUUCACAUGUACAAAAAUUGACAAUUAUUCUCAACAUCCCCUGAUCUUAAACUCCCACGAGGGCAAGGAAAAACUAAAAAAAAAAAAUACUGGGGAAAAUGAGAAACCUUGAGAAGAGACCACAGAUGGGAGGAUCCCCCUUCGAGGAUGACCAAGCUGCAAUAGAUGCAGCCAGGGCACAUAGAACACAUACUGUAAAACAAUCCAAAGAAAAAGUGGAUGUCCAUAUUCAAAGUGAUGAGCUGCAGGAAGGUGCCCUCAAUUGUCCUGGCAGUGUCUUCGAGAGUGGUAAUCCACCGCAGUUCCCUCAUCCCGAUUGGUUGACGAGAAAUCCAGACAGCCGUUAUCAGUUUGGGUGUCGCCUAACCCAGCUCCAGCCGAACCGGCCAGCUUCAAAUUAUUUAGUUGAUUUUUCUCGGGGUGGACGGGGUGGACAGUCCAGUCUUCUGCAUACGAGCCAUUCACCAUCCAACCCUUGUACUUUGAAGCCAAUGGGAGUACUUUUUCAUGACAACGAGGGACAAAGCUCAGGUGUGCUUUUGGGAGAGGCGACUUGUUUUUAAACGAUUCGGAGGCUGAAGAGAAAGAUGAGCAGAAGAGUAGAGAAAGCAGACAUUGAAGUCAAACAUUUUCAAAACUAGAGGCAGCACUUUAAUACCAAGCUUAAAAAAAAUUACAAUUAUUGCAGUGGAUCUGUGUAUGUGGUGCAUGCAGCAGAGAUUUUGCCAGACUCAAAUAUUUUUGAAAACUGGAGCUCUUUGCCCCGCCUAGCUGCCAAGUCAUGGGUGAAGAAACCCGUUAAGGAGGUCGUGGUAGUCACACACGUGGUCACAGUUAUGGAAAAGUCAGGUCAGUUCUUCACAGACACAUUUUCAGAAAUGAGUAGCUCAAAAGGUUGACUUGCUUAAUUUUACACUUGAGGCACUCUAUGACUCUACUCUAUUAGUAUACAACCUAUUAAAAAUUUCCAUAAUAUGUCCCCUUUAAAACACUCAUUUAUAUUCACGUGUUUGAUGAAACCAAGGCAGGACCUAUUAUUGAGUAUAUAUUUUUUUCAUACUCUGAGUAAUGCGAAUACAAUAGAUAUAUGUCAAAAAAAGAUUUGUUGUGUUGUGACAAAAGAUUUUGAUGCUCUAAAUGUACAAAACUAUCAAGCCCAUCAAGUACUAUGUUGUUGAAAAUGUUUGAAUGAGUUAACUAAAAAACUGGCAAAUAUGUUCAAGCCCCCCAUUUCCCGCAAUGGCAGGAUACUAAACCACUGACCAUCAAAAAUUGCCUGUGUAAGUUUGUUUUGUUCUUAUUGUUUGUUUAUAACUGGGUGAACAACAGGUGUUUCUCUGUAAACUGUAUCACAAUAAAACUUUGUUUUAAAG